GUCUACUAUAAGUUUCAUUGCUAGUUUUUACAUUUGAAAAAAAAACAAAAGAAUGUCGUGGCAUUUCUUAGAGAGAUGGAUUGAAAAAGCAAAUCACCAUUCAACAUUAGUUGGAAAGUUCUGGAUCACUUUUCUAAUCGUGUGUCGUAUGGUUAUUGUUGCUUCAGUAGGCGAUCGUGUGUACAGCGAUGAACAAAGCGAAUUUAAGUGCAAUACGUUACAGCCAGGGUGUACGAAUGUUUGUUUUAAUAAAUUUUCGCCGAUAUCACAUUUAAGAUUUUGGAGCUUCCAGAUUUUACUUGUUGCUACACCAUCAGUUAUGUUCAUUGUAUAUUCUGGCCAUGAUCAAAAGAAGACAAAGCCUGCGGGAAAAGGGAAGAAAUCAAAGAAAAAGGCAACACUUCAGGCAUUAGCAAAGCGGCAAGAUAAAAUGCCAAAAGGCGGUUCUGGCGGAGAAGUUAAAGUAAACUGGAACACAAAUGCAAACAACAACAAUGCAUGUGAUAAUCGUAACAAGAAAUCGUCUGAUAAAUCACCUGGAAAAGUUUCAACGCGAAGUAGUGGAAGAGAUAAUAAUAACGAAAAUGGAAGUGGAGGACGAAAUGGCCGCAGCAAAGGAUUAAAAGACGGAGAUUCGGGCUCAAUAACCCAAGCACCUCAAGUAUUAGCUACCCUCAUAAACUACAAAAAUGGUGGUGGAAGGAGUCCAGUAGAAGCAGCCGUAAUGGAUGAUAAUAAUACCGGCAGAAAGGAGUUGAAUGUUCCUUGGCAAGAAAUGCGAUGGAAUAGUUUGAUGCACAUAACUGAGAAUGGGUCCAAAAACAACAAGAAUACAAUGUCUAGAAAUAUGUGGAAAAAACCGAAAGAUAGAAGUCGGAGUAAAGAUAGAUCUGAAGAUCGUUAUAAAAACGCACUAAAUGCUGAUAUAGUUGUUUGGGGUCCGCCUAGUUCUGAUGACGAUAAUCGAAACGGAAAAUACAGAAAAGUUAAUCAAAGUUCUCUGACUGAAGCGGAUAUGUAUCAGAAUGGAAUGAUGGCCCAGGAUUUUGACAAAGAACACGAACUUGCUAUGCUAAAUGCUCAGUCUCCUCCAGAAUAUCCCGGGAACGAACAAAGUCAAUGGGCUCAGAACGAUCGUGAUCAGAAAUAUCAAGAAGAAAUGAUUCGAAAGUAUCAAAAAGGACGUGAUGGCUUCAACUUCCCUCAACUUGAAAUAGUGAAGACGCGUACUAAGAAAGCUCGAUUUACUCGUCAUUUCCACCUGUAUUUACUCAGUGUUUUUGCACGACUUGUUUUAGAGGUUGGAUUUUUGGUUGGACAAAUUAUGCUGUAUGGUUUCACUGUCCCUGCUCUUUACAAAUGUGAACAGUGGCCAUGUCCAAACAUGGUGGAUUGCUUCAUUUCUAGACCAAUGGAGAAAACCAUAUUUCUAUAUUUUAUGCUAAUUUAUACUUGUAUUUGCGUUUUACUGAACGCGUGUGAAUUUAAGUAUCUUGUAUGGGUUUACAUAUUCGGUCGUCCAAAAUUAAUGGCAAAGAUAAAUAGCUUUGAUUGUCGCAACGAAGAACAUAUUAUCUACGAUGCAAAUGGAGAACCGAAGUACAGCACCCGGUUUUUAGAACAGGAUUCUGAGUUUGAUGAAUGCGAUUUCGCAGAAAUUGGAGAUGAGGAAUUUGAAACAUUAAUGCAAAAUGGAUAUGGAACACAAAACGGAUUCAAAGAAAAUGGUUUUGCAAGAAAGCAGGCGUAUACCAGAACUGGUAAAUUGAACAGCAAACUGAGAGCCAGGCAAGAAAAAAUGGCGGAAAUGCGUCAUCACGAACUUGACUUGAUUCUGAACGCCGAAGAAAUGCAAGAUGAUUAUGAUUAUGAUAUGGGUCAGACUGAUCCCGUAGAAGACAUGGCUCAAAUGGAAAUGGCAGCGGCGGCUGUUGGUGGAGGUGGAAGUGGAGAUGAUUUUAAUUGCUGAUUGGAAAUAAUGCAGAUUAAUUCAAAAGAGACAGAGAUGGUGUUAGCCAGACUAAGUUGUGUGAUUUGUUGCAAUCUGCCGCAAAGAAUACUGCCACAAGUAAUAAACUUAGCAAUGCUAGUUUUCUAUUACUUCAUUUUUAAUGGUAUUCUAUCAUUCCUUGAUCAACCUUCUUAUGUUGAACAUAUAUUUGGCUCUUCCAAGUGCAAGUAUAUAUAUAGUCAAACCAUAUGGAAGUAUUUAUGAAUCUUCGCUUGGACGAAUAACCAAAAUUGUUGGCAUUCAGCAGAAAAAUUAAUAAUACCGUUAACGAGCUAUUUUUUCCUUCUUCUCCUUUUUGCAAAUGAUGAAAUUAGUAGUGAUACUUACUGCCUGUAGUUCCAAGAAUACUGUGUAUGAAACUGCAUUUUAUUUUAUAAUGAAGCGACGGUUUCAGUUCUCUUGAAGAUGGAGAUAAAUAUUAUUCGCAAUACGAAGUUCCCAGUUUUCAUAAAAUGACGUGAACCAUCUUUAAUAAAAUUUAAUAUUCGUAUUUUUUAUAUCUUUUUACAUUGUACUAAAUCCUGCUAAAUACUGCUUUUAAGUUUUUGCCUGGUAAUAUGUAUUUGUAUUAUGUCGAUGUUUUGAAAUUCAAAAUAAGGGAAAUCAUUUAUUGGACUAACUUCAGCGUGUACGAUAUCAUACAACAGUUGGUUUUGUACCACUUUCUUUCGUUUAUAGAAUUAUAGUAAUAUAAACUCGGUUGUGCCCAUAUGGCUCGACACCAUAUGCUCUGACGAAAUAUCUGCAAAAAUUCUAGUUCUAGUAUUUAAAUAUGAAAUUUCAGGUAAGUAUUUAUUAGGAAGAAAAAUUUAUAACAAAAUGAUAGUACUUUUAUUAUUAGUAACUUUAACAAUAAAUGAGUUUUAAAAACUUUCCAUUUAUUAGUAAUAUUUAAAUAGCAUCGUAUCAAAAUUUGAUUUUUUUUUCAAUUACUAUUUAAAGC